CGCCGCCGGGGAGGAGGGCGGGCAGGCGGGCAAACUGCGGCCAGGGCCAGGCCCCGGUCCCGGCGCCGAGCGGCUAGUGUAGCGCUCCGGCCUCCCCCGGCGGCGGGCCUCACUGGGCCUGGCGUGAAGGGCAAUGCCGGCCGGGCCCGUCGGUACCGCGGGGGCCUGUCCGCCGCUACCGUGCCUCUUGGUAGCUCUGACAGGCCUCCGCGCCGCUCUGGGGGCAGCCGGGCUUUGGGGCUGCCCUGCCGUCGCCGCGCCGGGAGUGAGGUAGUCGCCGUGGAGUUUUUAUUCUGGGAGGGUGAAACGAAAGCGCAGUCCCGAAACCCUGCGGCGGUGGCUGCCGGGGCUGCUGCUGCCUGCCCGCGUUAUGGGAACUGUCUUCUAAUCUCUGUGAUCCAGAUCAGCGGCUCUGGAUGAGGGGGUGGUGGGUGAAGUCGGCCCUCCCCGAUCCGUGUGCUAGCCUCAGACUGCAGCUGCACAAGGCAUGAAAACUCCACGUUGUGAAAUCUUCCCGGGCGUAGCUCUGGCUUCCUCUUCUUGGCCACUUCUGGUUAUGAAAUGUACAGGAAGCGAAGGCCAAGCAACAGAAGUGAUUUCGGAGUGUGAGCUCGAAGAAAUAAUAUCGUAGGAACUUAGUGGGAGACGUUGGGAGACUUCUAAGUCAUCAUCUUCCCUCUAGCUUCAGAAGCAGAAAGCAUCAAGAUAAAGACACAAAAAUGACUGAAUUCUGGCUGAUUUCUGCUCCUGGGGAAAAAACCUGUCAACAGACAUGGGAGAAACUACAUGCAGCAACUACAAAAAGUAACAAUCUUUCUACUAAUUCCAAGUUCAAUAUUCCAGACUUGAAGGUUGGCACACUGGAUGUUUUGGUUGGUUUGUCGGAUGAGCUGGCUAAACUGGAUGCGUUUGUGGAAGGUGUUGUAAAGAAAGUGGCCCAGUAUAUGGCUGAUGUUCUAGAAGACAGUAAAGAUAAAGUUCAAGAGAAUCUUCUGGCUAAUGGAGUUGAUCUGGUCACCUAUAUAACAAGAUUCCAGUGGGAUAUGGCCAAAUACCCAAUCAAGCAGUCCUUGAAGAAUAUUUCAGAGAUUAUUGCAAAGGGAGUAAACCAAAUUGACAAUGAUCUGAAAGCAAGAGCCUCAGCAUACAAUAAUCUGAAAGGGAACCUUCAGAAUUUGGAAAGAAAGAAUGCGGGAAGCUUGCUAACCAGAAGUCUCGCUGAUAUUGUGAAGAAGGAGGACUUUGUACUCGAUUCAGAAUAUUUGGUCACAUUAUUAGUGAUUGUACCAAAGUUAAAUUAUAAUGACUGGGUUAAGCAGUAUGAAACCCUAGCAGAGAUGGUUGUACCACGUUCCAGCAAUGUACUCUUUGAGGAUCAAGAUAGUUACCUUUGUAACGUCACCUUGUUCAGGAAGGCAGUGGAUGACUUCAAGCAUAAAGCCAGAGAAUAUAAAUUUAUGGUCCGUGACUUCCAGUAUAAUGAAGAAGAGAUGAAGGCAGAUAAAGAAGAAAUGAAUAGACUGUCAACUGACAAAAAGAAACAGUUUGGGCCUUUGGUUCGGUGGCUGAAAGUGAAUUUCAGUGAAGCUUUCAUUGCAUGGAUUCACGUGAAAGCACUACGAGUUUUUGUUGAAUCUGUUUUAAGGUAUGGUUUGCCAGUUAACUUCCAGGCGAUGCUGCUUCAGCCUAAUAAGAAAACGAUGAAGAAACUGAGGGAGGUUUUGUAUGACUUAUACAAACACCUUGACAGCAGUGCAGCAGCUAUCAUUGAUGCAACUAUGGAUAUUCCGGGCUUAAACCUCAGUCAGCAGGAGUACUACCCGUAUGUGUACUACAAGAUUGAUUGUAACUUGCUGGAAUUCAAGUAAAGGUUCCCUAACAUGACAAUCUUCUCCGUGUUGUUGUAAACAAGCAGAAGUGAGGUUGAAGUACAGUAAUACUUUUAACACUCUACUAAUCAUAUGCUUGCUUCUUAUGUUAGGUGAAUAUGACACACAGUGGUCCAUCUCUAGACAUUUUCUUUUUGAAGAACAGUGUAGGUAAUCUGCUUUUAAUCAAUGAUGUCUGUAAAUGUAUAUUGAGAUAAUGGAAGUAUUUAUAAACAGAGUGAUUUAUUUAAGGAAAAGCUCAUUCCUCUUUCACGUGGUGGUCUGUGUUAAUUCCAUUUACCAUUGUUUAUAAACCAAACCUGUUUACAGAAAAAUAGUGUAAAUGUUCAUGGCCAUUUUUGUUUGUUUGAUUUAGUAGAUCCAAUUGUGUUAACGUUGUUGAACUGUGAUGUAAAGUAUGUAAAAUGGAUAUGAAAUUGUGCUUGGUUUAAAAUUACAAUUGAAGCACUGUAAACACAGGAAAAAAUAAACAUACCUGUGCAAA